AUGACGCGCGCCUCAGCGCCUCCACUUCUCCUCCAACUCCAGAGCGCAGAAUCUAUAUCAUCUAAAGUCGCUACUCUUCGAGCUUUGAAAAACGAGACUAUUGGUCAUGAUCAGCGCAAGGAGGCCUGGAUUGGAUGGGGCAUCGUCCCCAUCCUGGCCGAGAUUCUUGCUUCGAGACCAUCGUGUGGGGGCUCCGAGCUGAAUGGAGGAGCCAAACCCCAGAAAUCAUCCACCACUAGGUCAGAGGAAGAUGAGGCUUGUAUGCAGGCAAUUACUAUCCUCGGUAGUUUAGCACAAGGCGGUGCGGCCUUUCUCUCUCCAAUCCUGUCCAGCGGCAUUCUCUCGAUACUGCUCUCCAUUCUCUCGUCAUCCGAUUGUUCUUCAUUUUUCUGUCUCCCUAUCCUCCGAACCCUCAACACCAUCGCCGAUCGACUACCACUGCAAAGCCAACCCCAAGGGCCUCAGGAUGCGCGCCUCGCCGAAUUAUUGUUUUCCAAAGAGCAUGUUGGGUGUUUAGCACGGAUUAUUGGGCAAGACUACAACUCCUACAAAGUACAAGCUUCAAUUGAACUUGCUGCAUCUCUCAUCGGGAAACUUUGCAAGGAGGAUGCCCACAAGGCGCUUCUUGCCGACUGCGGAGUUCUGGAUGCCUUGGCAAUAAAAGUGGCUUCCUUCGUGGUCUCCCAGGGCUUUGUUUUGCCGGGUGCGGAGGAGCAUGUGCAGGAACCCGGUGGUCUGGGCGCACUGCCAUCUCCCGCCCCUCCUAGGGCUAAGCUGGCACCAAUCCUCCGCGCAGUUACCGUAAUAAUCGAGCAUUCCAAAUGGCGGGGGGAACACUUCCUUUCGUCACCAGGAAUUGUUACCGUAUUCCCCAAACAGCUGCCCGAAUUUGCACCGGCCGACAUCAAACGAGGUCCUUGGGGCUCAACAUACCUGUCUGGAUCUGCGGUGCCACGCCACCUCGGUGCAAGUCCAGUCGAGUAUCUACUGCCAUCAGUUCCAUUAUCGCAACUAAAGACCUCUGCGAGCGCGACCAAUUUUCCGCCUCUGGGUCCUCAGGGAACUCACCGCCGCCACAGCCAACCCUUCCCCACCCCUCUUUCGCUAUUCGAUUCGUCGGGUGCCGAUGAUGAUGAAAACGCCAUCGUGCCAUGGUUGCUAUACAUUCUCCGUGAAGAGACCGGCAUGGUCCGCUUGAUGGCAGCCCGCCUCGUUACCGUCCUGUUCCGCCUGGGUCUUGCCAAGAAGCACAGGGUGUCGAUGCUAGGUUACCUGGUGAUUCCAAUUCUCAUUAGGAUGCUCGAUAAGGACUAUGAAAUUCUAGGUGAAGAAAUUGUCGAGUUUGGUGGGCUACCCCCUUUGACUGAUUGUCUACGGGAGGAGGCACCAGCGGUACUUGCCACUUUGGUGAUUGAUGAUCAAGAAUUACAGAAACAUGCGGUGGAGGGGGGUGCGAUCAAACGGCUUUCUCAGCUUCUCAAGGAGUCAUACAACCCUUUACAGGAGAGUACAAAGGCGAUGUGGCAUGCAGAUAGUGAUGAGGAAAAUAGCCACGAGCCCAAAAAGCAGCAGCCAGAGUGUCAGCUCGGCCCCCCAGGAUACUCGCCUACUCACUGCCAUGUCAUGCGAUACCGAGAAAAGAUUCUCAAAGCCCUCGCAGCUUUGAUUCCUUUUAAGGAUGAUUAUCGAAAGGCAGUUUGCGAGAAUGGUGUUGUGCCUUAUAUUAUAGACUCGCUCAAGCCAUGCUCGGCUGAUGCACCAACCGACACAUCGAAUCCGAAAAAUACCGUUGCGGAUGGCAAUCCGACACCAACUUUACUGGCUGCGUGUGGAGCUGCGCGUAUGCUUACUAGAUCUGUCAGCGUUUUGAGAACCAGUUUGAUCGAUGCCGGCGUUGCGACACCCUUGUUCGUCUUGAUUCAAUACCCAGAUAUCGAGGUGCAGAUCGCUGCAACCUCGGUAAUAUGCAAUCUCGCUUUGGAUUUUAGCCCCAUGAGGGAGGCGAUCAUCUCGGCCGAGAUUCUCCCCAUCCUAUGCGAGCAUGCACAUUCAUCCAACACUAAGCUUCGGAUUGAAUCUCUUUGGGCACUGAAGCAUGUGACUUACAACUCAACCAAUGAUAUCAAGUUCAGGAUCGUCGACUCUUUGGGACCUGGGUGGAUCAAGCAAAUCAUCAUGCAGGAUCCGACGACCGCCUUGGCCAGGAGAGGUGUGAAUGAAGAGACGGACACUAGCACCGCGGUUGGAAUGGGUCGAGCUAAUUCGGCGGGCGAACGAGUCGACCUUUUAAACCCGGUUGAAGACUCCCAGGAGCUAGAUGAAGAUUCCAAAAUGACCGACAGCAUGCCAUCGUCCAAGGUGAGUCUGGAAAUGUUCCUUCCAGACACAACCCGGCGGCGCAAGCUGGCUCUGAAUGGCGAUUUGGAUCAGACUACUCAGGCUCGACAAGACGAUAUCGCCGUGCAGGAACAGAUUUUUGACUUGCUCCGAAACAUCAUCUGCGGGCCAGGCUCCUCAGAGAUGGUGGAUUACCUUUUUAAGGAGAUCGGGGAGGAUGAUAUUUUGGAGGCAUUAGCGGAUAAAUUGCGUCCCCGGACCAUUCACCUUCCCCAUCGGCGGGACUCACCCUCUGGCCGCGCACUUCACGCGCCGACGGAGAUUUUGAUUGCUGUCACUUUUGUCAUUAUUCAUCUGGCGGCCAGUCUCCCGCGGUAUCGACAACUGCUAAUGGCCCAUCGGGAUCUUCUAUGCUCCCUCAUGGGCUACUUCAACCACAGUCAUCGCGACGUGCGGGUCAACUGCGUCUGGGUCGUAAUAAACCUCACAUAUGCUGACAGCCAAAGCGACAAAGAGGCCUGCCGCGAGCGGGCGAUGAAGCUGCGGUCAAUUGGGGUGUUGGAUCGGCUGAGCAGUCUGGAGGACGAUCCGGACCUUGAUGUGCGAGAGCGAAAGAGAACAGCAGAGUUUCAGAUUACAAAUUUGUGCGGUGCAUAG